ACAUGAAGCGUUCCUGGCACCGCAGACUGCAUCAUGAUGCGACGGCACGGAUAUGGGCAAGUCUGGAAGGAGAACCCGAAGCCGUUCUACUUCGGCCAUGCCCCGUUGGCCUCCAGCGGGUGGCACAAGCUGUUGUUUCUGGCGUUGGCGAUGAUUGCCGUGUAUGUGGUGCUCGAUGGUAUCGUGACGUUGGUCCUGUUUGCAACCCUCACGCACGAACAGUUGUCGCUCCCACCAGCACUCGCAGCACUGGAGACCGCGAUUGCAUCGGCCCCAGUGCACGUGGAUAAUGCAGAAAUGCGGCACUUGAGCUACCUGAAUGCAGUGUGCACGCACGAAAAAGACGCCGUGAUCUCGUGGUCGUACAACAGCUCGACUGUCGAUCGCGCGUUGGUGCUGACCCCCGAGACACCGACGCCGAUCCUCGUUCGAGCGCUCUCGGAUUGUCCUGACAUUGAUGUCUUCCUCCCGAGUUCGAUUCGAGAUCAUGGGUACUGCGAGGACAGCAUGGCGUACGUCAAGUACCUCCAGGCACGUGCGCUGCCCGAGUGGGUCGUCGACAGGACGUUUCUUCACGGCGGCAAGUCAUUCACGUACUUUGACUUGUGCCCGCGGUCCGCGAUGCUCUUUUUGAACCACUACUGGCACGACCUGCCAACCCGGGCCGACUUUCCACCAGACAAGCCGGUCGUGCUCAUGCCGAACGUCGAAAUGUACGAGUUGAAUGCGGACCAGUACCGCCGGCCAGACUACAUCUUGGCCAAGACAUGGGAUGCGUACUCGCGGUUGACGCGGUGGGUGGACCGGCACAACGAGUCGUCGCAGGCGCUGCGGACCCACGGCGACACCAACCAGCGACUCCGACUGCCCAAAGUUCGCUACACGCAGCAUACGUCGAGCGACCCGACGGCCCUCGUCGCGAAGCACGUGCCCAAAUCGUUUCAGCACGUGUCGUUCGUGCACGCGAACGGCCGGAGUGUUCACAAAAGCACGUGCGCGAUCCUGGACUGCUGGAAGGCGCGGCCAGACCUGCCGCCGCUCGUCGUGUUGGCCAAGGACGACAGAUCCAAAGCGCAUUACGAGUCGCUGUUUCCACAGCGCCAGGCAAAUGUAGAGUAUCGCCACGGCGCCGACAUCGACCCGUCCGCGUUUGGCGAAAUCCUGGCCGCUGCCCCCGUCAUGCUGUGCCCGAGUGCGAUGGAAGGGUUUGGCCAUUACAUCAACCAAGCGAGGGCGGCAGGAGCGCUCGUUGCCACCACGGACGGCCUUCCCAUGCGCGAAUUCGUCGACGCAUCGAGCGGAGUCCUCGUCGACGCGGAACUGUUUAAACCGCCGGUGUGGAGCGCCGACUUUUGGAGCUUGGGCCAAGAAAUGGGGCGCCACUACAAGGUCGCGCACCACUGGCGCGUCGGCACGGGCAUGGAGUGGACAGUGUCUGGACGAGCGAUCUGCGAUGCCGUCGAUAAGAUUGUGGCCAUGUCCCCGCGCGAACGACAGACCAAAGCGGCCGCGGGACGAAUGCGGUACCUCCAGCAGCUCAAGUUUUUCAAGGCACAAAUGCUGUCGUUCCUGACCGAGUUGCGAGCCGACGAGGAGCGCCGCAUCCUCGGGGGGCAACCAUCGCCGUCAUGAAAUGCUAUUUAAAUGGAACGACUGAUUGAUGUCGCGGACAUCGCAGGUACCCGAGGAGGCUGUGCUCCUGAAAGUUUUGCCUGUGCCCAUGCUCGAACAUUUGUGGUGGAUGCCUUCCAAAAGACCACAUGCGUCUCUCG